CAGGAAGUAGUCGUUUCUCAAUUGUCUUUAUUUAUUGAAAAAUUGUAAGCUUUACAAACACUCGUACGAAGACAAAAAUCUGACAGGUGACACAAACACAUGGGAAAACAGAAUAUGUUUCUGCCGAGAAUCCAGACCCUUUAGCGUAGGACUAUGGCGAUUAGCUGGUUUUUACCAAGCGACAACAAUGCUGCUGAAUGACAAGAUGGGAAACUUUGUGUUUCUGCUUCUCCUGGGAAUCCGCAACACUGCAGCUGAGUCCCACUCGAUGAAGUAUUUCUACACUGCAUCCUCUCAAGUGCCAAACUUCCCAGAGUUUGUGGCUGUUGCUUCAGUUGAUGAUGUCCAGAUGGUUUACUAUGACAGUGACAGCGGGAGAGCAGAGCCCAAACAGGACUGGAUGAAGGAGAACAUGGAUCAGGAGUACUGGAAAAGGGAAGCUGAAAAGUUUUGGCGUCACCAACAAACCUACAAAAUCAGCAUUGAAAUCUUGAAGCAGCGCUUCAACCAAACAGGAGGUAUGCAUGUUUACCAAUGGAUGUAUGGCUGUGAGUGGGAUGAGGAGGCAAAAGUGGAAAAAGGCUUUAUGCAGUACGGGUAUGAUGGAGAAGACUUCAUAACCUUUGACCUGAGCACAAAGAAGUGGAUCGCUCCAACACCUCAAGCUGUCAUCACCAAAGAUAAAUGGGACAAUAACAGAGGUUGGAUUGCUCUGGCAGACAGCUUCCUCAACCAGAGGUGUCCUGAUUGGGUAAAGACAUAUAUGAUCUAUGGCAGGACUUCUCUCAUGAGAACAGAGAAACCUUCAGUGUCUCUCCUCCAGAAGUCUUCCUCCUCUCCAGUCUGCUGCCACGCUACAGGUUUCUAUCCUAACAAGGCAGAGACGCUCUGGAGGAAAGAUGGAGAAGAGAUCCAUGAUGGUGUGGUCAAAAGAGAAACCCUCCCUAACAAUGAUGGGACCUUCCAGAUGAGUGUUGAUCUGGAUCUGUCAUCCGUUUCAUCUGAAGACUGGAGCAACUAUGAAUGUGUGUUUCAGCUGUCAGGAGUCAAUGAAGACAUCGUCACCAAACUGGAGAAAUCCAACAUCUUGACCAAUGAAAGGAAUUGGAUCACGGUAAUCACCACUGGAGCAGUGAUUAUUGCUGCCGUUGUUGUCGCUGUGGUUGGAGUCAUUUUCAGAAAUCCAAUCAGUGAGAAACUAUUCAAAACCAAACGACCUCCAACUUAUAUC